AUGCAUACGCAUAAAGACACGUGGGGCACGUCGGUGUUUAGUUGUUUUGGCAGUUUUGUGUGUUGACCUUUGGCUGGUGAACUUGGUGCGGUGUGGUGUUUGGUGGCUAAAUGGCUGAACCCGGGGCCUAAAGCAGCAGUGCCUGUUGCCAGUAACGUGGCCGAUUCUGCUCGAUGGUUCUGUCGACAACACGCAUUCUUUGGAAACGUGCCGUCGUGUGAAUAACUUUCUGUGAAGAGCCCUAGGAAAACUUCUGAUGUCAGAGUAACUGAAGUCGCACCAAUACACCGAUAUGGAUGUCGCACAGGUGUCUUUUCAGAAGAAAAGAAAGAUGCUCUCGCCCGUUGAAAGCGAGUCGGAAAAUUCUACAAUUCGGAAGUGCAAGCGUCGACGUUUUGCCACUGGCAAGCGCUCCAGAAAGGCAAAAGCGAAUGACGACCUCCUUAACGUGACGAGUCUGAAACCUAGCCUGCUAGCUCCGAAGCGUAGAGGAGUCAGCCAGACGAGUGACUACGUCGAGAAAAAAAAGAAAGCGAGACGAGAAACUAGCGUUGAAGAUAAUGCCUCCAUCGCUGCGCGGUCUUGCGAGCGCAAGAAAAAAGUAACUUGUCAAGUGAAAAAGCAGGUGCGCAGUCCAAAAAGCGACGCAGACGAUGCCCAGCUAAUCGAAGAGCUCAGAAAUGGUGUCACGUCAAUCUUGAGGGGCUUGGAGCCAGAUGAAAUGACCACCACUUCGUCCGGUAUCGCUGUAUUACGGGACAGUGCCGGCGGAGUUGUGGAAAGCGAGAAACGAAAAAAGAAAAGGAAGAAAAGGAAAAAGAAGUCGCCAGAAAACGACACGUUGACUCAGGGAAGUUGUGGUACAUACCCUAAGAAUACGUCAUCAAUGUCAACUAAUGAAUGUAAGGCAAAGAAGCAAAAAACGAAAGGGAUAAACAAGGAAACAUCAUCAGCGGAAGAAGAAGCACGCAAGUGCUUCAGUGACUUUACAUUAGAAGAGAGAAGUGAAAAGGCACUGCCAAGUACCCACAUUGACUUUAGUACUCGCAAGGAAGUUUCUCAAGGACCACAAGUAGUUGCCAAGCAGCUCGUCCCAAACUCUGGAGCGGGGAAGGCCGCGAGUAAAAAGAGACGUGCCCUUUCCCUAGCAUCGUCUGCCGAUGUUCGAGAAAGGGCACUUGCCGUAAUACGGGCAGCGCAAUUUCGUAUGUUGAAUGAAGAACUUUACACAACAGCGAGUGAGGACGCAGUGCAGUCAUUUGAAAGUGAUCCACAGUCAUUUCAAGUUUACCAUGAAGGUUUUGAGCAGCAAGUAUCCAAGUGGCCAGUGAACCCUGUGGAUGUCAUCAUUGAGAGCUUGCGUAGCAUGCCUAAGUCAACUGUUAUUGCGGACCUUGGCUGUGGUGAAGCAAAGAUAGCUCAAGAGCUCACAAGAAACAAGGUCCAUUCAUUUGAUCUCAUUGCUUUGAACGAUCACGUCACAGUCUGUGACAUGAGUAAGCUUCCUCUUCCCAGUCAAACCAUUGAUGUUGCCGUGUUUUGUCUGUCACUGAUGGGAACCAAUCUGAACAUGUUUGUUCUGGAGGCAAACCGCAUAUUAAAAAAAGGUGGUAUUUUGAAGGUCGCAGAGGUGAAAAGCAGAUUUUCAACGACUCAAGGAUUUGCAAAGACCAUGAAAAAGUUUGGAUUUGAGCUUGAACAUCUGGAUGAAUCCAACAAGAUGUUUGUACUGUUUGACUUCAAGAAGGUCAGAAGCACAACAGAGCAUCCGCAUCUUCCAAUACUCAAGCUGAUGCCCUGUCUGUACAAGAAGCGGUGAAUUGUUCAUCUGUGAAGUUAGUUUCACACCACUGUGAGCCGAAGAUGGUGAAAAGAAAAAGUUUUAUGCACACGCCCUGCAUGCUUUAUUCAACCUGUAUGUAAUAGUGAGACUGAUGUGGUGGAAAAUGCAGAUAAAACAGAGCCCAUCUCAG